AUGGAACAACUCCUCUCUCCAAACAGGCUCUGGGACCCUAAAAAUAAACAGGCGGGCCGAAAUCACGACGGCGCACGGGUAUCGGCUCGGUUCCGCAGGAACCUGCAGCCCACCCUCACCUACUGGAGCGUCUUCUUUAGCUUCGGCCUCUGCAUCGCCUUUCUGGGGCCCACGCUGCUGGACCUGCGUUGCCAGACGCAGAGCUCGCUCUCGCAGAUCACCUGGGUGUUCUUCUCGCAGCAGUUCUGCCUCCUGCUCGGCAGCUGCCUCGGAGGGGUCUUCAAGAGGACGUUGGCUCAGUCACUGUUUGCGCUCUUCGCCUCGUCCCUGGCCAUCUCCCUGGUCUUUGCCAUCAUCCCACUGUGCCACAAUGUGGUGGUGCUGGCUGUGGUCAUGGCCGUGGCAGGCCUGGCCAUGGGCUGCAUCGACACCAUCUCCAACAUGCAGCUGGUGAAGAUCUACCAGAAGGACUCUGCCAUCUUCCUGCAGGCUCUGCAUUUCUUCGUGGGCUUCGGAGCGCUGCUGAGCCCCCUGAUAGCCGACCCCUUCCUCUCUGACACCAACUGCAUCCUGUCCAAUGGCACGGCCAAUGCUUCCUCCAACCUGCCCCACAUCCGCAAGUCCCUGGUGCCGCACCACCCGGGCAACCUGUCCCACUACGACCUGCCCAUGAAAGGCAUGGUGGUCACACGCGUCUCCUACGCCUUCUGGAUCAUGGCCCUCAUCAAUCUGCCGGUGCCCAUCGCCGUGUUCUUCCUGCUCUACAAGGAGCGCAUGGUGCCGUGCUUCAAUAGCAGCAGCCACCCACUGCUGUCAGCAGAUGAACUGGCAAUGGAAGCACGUCCCGUGGAGAAGGACGACCUGUCCACCUCUGUGCACAGAGCCCACGCUGCAGGAGGUCAUGAUGACUUGUUUAGCUGCUGCCAAAGCAAAAACUUCAGAGGGGCUUCUUACACCUACUUCGCAGUCCACAUCACCGGGGCUCUUGUUCUCUUCAUGACUGAUGGGAUUGUGGGAGAAUACUCGGGCUUCAUUUACAGCUACGCCGUGGAAGAGCCUCUCUCUGUAGUGCACAAGGUGGCUGGCUACCUGCCCAGCCUCUUCUGGGGAUUCAUCACACUGGGCAGGCUCAUCUCCAUCCCCGUGUCCUACAGAAUGAAGCCAGCAACCAUGGUCUUCAUCAAUGUGAUUGGAGUCCUGAUAACCUUCCUCCUGCUCCUGAUUUUCUCCUCCAGCGUCGUCUUCUUGUUUGUGGGGACAGCAUCUCUGGGUCUGUUUCUCAGCAGCACUUUCCCCAGCAUGCUCGCCUACACUGAGGACAUCCUGCAGUACAAAGGCUGUGCCACAACUGUGUUAGUGACAGGAGCUGGAAUUGGAGAGAUGGUACUACAGCUGCUGGUGGGAUCGAUUAUACACGAUCAGGGCAGCUACAGUUUCCUAGUCUGCGGGAUGAUCUUUGGAGGCUUGGCCUUUACCUUCUAUGCUUUCCUCUUGUUUUUCCACAGGAUAUACCCCAAGCCCUCAACAGAUAUGGAUGCUGUCUCACCUGACAAACCAGCAGUAAUGGAUGACACCGGACAGUAUCAGCGCUGAAGAAGUGGCCAUGCCCUGGAGAAGCAAUAAAACAGCACACAAUUAAGCAGUACUAUUAAGGAUGAUUUUGCACUUAAUGACUAAAUCGUACAAGUUUCCUACAAUCAAAAGCACAUUAGAUUGGGUAAGUCAGAAUCAAGAAAACAACCUCAAACAACACAGCAAGCUCAGCACAAGUUGCCUGUGCCACAUGGACCAAAAAGACUGUAAACAUCAGAAUGACCCUAUACCCAAAAGGCUAUGAAUAGGGCAGGGAUGAUGUUGAACUCCUGCAAAUGAGCUUUCACACAAAUCCAGGAUGGAGGGUGGGAACAAAGAAGGUCUGUUUGUUCCAGAUGUAGGACUUUGACCAUCUCUUGGCUUAAGUCAUUGAACUCGACAGGUGUUUUUUUUCUCUGGUCUGUAAAGUACAGGAAGCCUUAAAAACGUACAGCACAAUACUGGCUUUUAAUUCCUUCUUGGUGCAACACAUGAGUAUAUGCAAUCACCAGGAAUACUUCCAGAAAAAUUAUGCCAUUGGUAGAACCCACCAAGUGCACAGUGGUAGCAGGAUCUAUCUAUAUUUGCACAGUUGAUUCUUGUAUAAUACACAGUACCAGACCCGUUCACUAAGACAGUGUCUUAUUCAGCAUGCUGGGGCCUCUUGAUUAUUAAAAUCAUUAGCUUUUUUCUUUUUUUUUUUUAAAGAGUCAAGAAUGAGUUAUGAGUUGUGAUGGUUUGUUUUGCUUUAAGUCGUUAUUUUAGCUGCUACAGUUGCAGUGUUUUUUUAGGGCAGUUUUAUUUCUAGCUUCCAGUUGAAGCUUAAACAGAGGUAUUUGGGAGCCAGACUCCAGCUGCUUAAUCUGUGCAAUACUUAUUAUAAAAGGUGCCUUCUGUAAGGUACUCUUAUACCCCCAUGCAUGGCCUUUUACAAGCGAUGAAGAAAGGACUGGCUUUAGGAGAAUGUAAAGCUACACGCAUCUAUUUCUUCAGUGAGUGACUGGACAUGUACUUUUUGCUUCAACUGCUGUAUGUGGAUGUACAUAUGUACGUGUGUAUAUAAAGCUGUGUUUAAUUAAAGGUGAUUUAUUGAUUGCUAGAUUCUCAGCAUGACUGGACUCGGAUAACUGAAGCCUCUGGGGCCAGGAUUAUCUGCUGCUACCUCCACCAGUUCUGCUCUCACAUUUAGACUGAAUCUAACAGAAUUUCUAUUUUUCCAAGCAGCAGCUCUUACCUCCCAUCACUACCUUCCAUAGAAACCCUCUCUGAAGGGAAGUCUUGCUGACCUGCCCUUAACUCAUGGCUGUACUUCAGGAGCCCUUCUCACUGGACCCAAAGCAGUAAUUCUUCUCUAGAGCCACAGGAUGUCACUGUUACUCUCCUUGACACAGCUGGGAUGAAAAAUAAGGGGUGAACUACAAAACCCAGUUGUAGGGGAAAAAAAAACAACCACCAAAACCUGUCAUUACUAAAGCUCCUCCCCCUAUGAGAGCAUUCUCUCCAUUGCUGUAGAGGAAAUGAGCAUGAAACAAACUGAGAAAGUUCGUUUCGAAAGA